UGUACCUGCUUAAGGUACCCGUUUAUAGGUUGGAAAACUCUUGCUACCCAUCUUCUAGUGAACUAUAACUAAAUUCUCUUUCUUGAGCACAGAUAUACCAUGUGUCCCCAAAGAGUUAUCCUUACAUUAAAUAAAUGCUGUUCAGCUGGAUGCCAUGCUUCAAAAUUAUUUGUUUUUGUUUUGUUUUAAGGAAGCCACAGUCAAUUUUACUGUGUCACUGUGCCUUCAUAAAGUAAAAGUGCUAUUGCUUCCUCUUACCUGAAUCUUAGGAGACAGGAGGUAGGAUAGGCAUUCCCUGGCAUUUACCACUUCAGGAGUAGUAAGGUGCUUAUCUUGGCAAAGUUAAUAUACCAGUAAAUUGCAUUGCACUGAUUUGUUUCUGUAUAAAUGGGAAAUAUAUACCGCUGCAGGUACAGAAUUAACUAGACAACCUGUGACCCGUUGGGUCAUCCUGUCAGACUGCCAGGUGAGAAAGGGAGCAAGGGAGCAUGCGGGUGGCUGGCACAGCACAAGCGCAGAGAGACUAGCAGAGAGUGUGUGGGUGGGGGAGACUUAUCCAAGCAACUUGCAACCUUCCCUGCCCGGUUCCCCAUUGACUUUCUCCCUGCAAGCUUCCCAGGCAGGAAGUUGCAAAUCCAAAGCCAGCAGGCAGAUUUACUUGUAAAUUAUCCCCAAGUUUUAUGAAGCCUGGUUGCCUGAUUGGUGAAGAGCUGAAUGUGCAGAGGAGAACUUUCAUAUUGCUACUUGGAUUGCUGCUGCCCCUGUGACGUCCUGAUCCCCAGGCACCAUGUACUGUCUCCAGUGGUUACUGCCGGUCCUCCUCAUUCCCAAACCCCUCAACCCAGCCUUGUGGUUCAGUCACUCAAUGUUCAUGGGCUUCUACCUACUGAGUUUUCUGUUGGAGCGGAAACCUUGCACGAUCUGUGCCUUGGUCUUCUUGGCUGCUUUGUUCCUCAUCUGCUACAGCUGCUGGGGGAAUUGUUUCUUGUACCACUGCUCUGGUUCCCAGCUGCCGGACUCUGCUCAUGACCCCAAUGUGGUUGGCACCUAAAAUCUUCUACUUGGUUGCACUUUUUUUUUUCCUUUUAAAAGGACGGUUUCAUGGAAAGGAGGGAAUAUAAGGCAUGUGAUUGGAGUACAUGUUUCCGUUAAAAUGUAUCAUUCUUGAUUAUCUGCACUUCCACAAUCUGCCUGUACAAUUUGACAAAAGUUGUUAAUCGUAGUAACUGGCAUUGCUGUCUGUUCGAGGGUCUGAAAGCAGAGUUGUUCAUGGGUGCCCAUCUCUUCCUUCUGUAUUAUUGUUUGAGUUUGGUCCUUCCAUUUCUGAUUUGGUGGUGAAGAGACCCAUUGCGUGUUGUCUGAUGUUAAAUCAGAAUGUAGUCAUCAGUCCUUUGGAACACGUGUCUCUGAUCUCGUUGAAACAGUUGGAAAGCUGUUUCUCCACCUCGAGUUCAGUAGGAAGCUAGUGCUUAUCACUGUGUUCAUCUGAAGGGGAACGUUCAAGUGGCUAAUAAGCCCGCAGCUCCUGGAGCCAGAGGCUGCUUAUGAUCCCAGCCGGCCAUCCUGGAACAUGUGUACUGCCUGUUUUCCAAACUACUUAUCUAGGUCAGAGCUCAAAAAUCCCACAAUCCUCACAAUGCCAUUUUUACCGCACAGAUGCCGAAGCUGGUCUCACUCUCUCCUGCCCCUGCCAGAGAUCUACUUUUUAUGGAGGAUCCUGAAUUGGAAAGAAAGCAUGCUCUGCUGUAAAGUUUGGGGGGGCUUUUUUCUUGUGUUGCAUUUGAAUUUUAAGCUGCCAGUGUUUCUAGCUUGAAAAAGCAAUUGGAGUGCAGGGAUGGAUCACUGUGCCAGGUCCAGUAUCGAGGCUGCUUCUCCAUACUGAAUUGGGGCUGUCAGUUGAGUAAUGUGCUGCUUUUUUUUAAGCCAAAAGUAUUAUAUUGUCACAAGCAAGUGAGCCCUUGUUCACAUAUAUAGGUGGAAGAAAGAGACAUCUGUUUAGGUUACGUAUCUUCAUGGGAUUCUGGGGAGCCCUUUUUCUAGUGGUACCUGGCUCAUGGUUUUAUUCCACUCCCUUUUCCCCCACCAAGACUCUGCUUUCUUCCUUUCUUAGGGGCUAUUUGCUUGUGUGAAAUAUAAGGUAGCCCCGAGGAGAAGGCAAACAAACACUUUUUCUGUUACUCCAAAGUUAUCUUCCCAUUUGGCUCCACACAAUCUUCCUUGGAGAAGCAUUGCUGAAAAGGCAUUUUCUCUCUCUUAAAGGACAUGGAACUGAGAAUCCAAUCGUGAAACCUCAAUAGUUUUUUUUUUAAUUUUUUGUUUGUUCAUUGCACAGCUGUUCAACAGAUUUAAUAAAGCUUUAUAAACUUUG